AUGAUCACGUUCCGACCUUUCCUUCGAACCUUUCCAUCCCCUCAAUCAACCUCAUCCCACUUUACAUCCACUCUUCCGCCCUUACGCCCACUUCAAAUCCAUCCACAAAUCUUUACCCAACCUGAAAGAACAACAUUCAAACGACACAUCACUUCCUCUCUAUCUCACUAUCAAUCUUUACCUUCAGACGGUCAAAUACCUCAUCGAUAUAUACAUCUAGUUCAACCUGACGGAACACUUUCUCCACUUCAACCUUUCACCUCCAUAUUCAAUUCAUAUAAUCAUCAAACUCAUACUCUUCAAUUAGUUUCUCAUGAUCCACCCAUAGCUAAAUUACUAGACAAAGAAGAGAUAACUCGUAAAGCUUUAGAAGCGGAGAAUCGUAGACAAAUCUCUAAUCAAUUACGUGAAAGUGAAAAAGAAGUUCAAAUCCCUUGGUCUGCAGCAGAAGGGGAUUUGAAACAUAAAGUUGAACUUGCUAGAGAUUUAUUGGAAAAAGGUCAUAUGGUUAGGUUAGCAUUAGCACCUAGGAAGAAGACUGCGAAGGAUAGAUUGACGGAUAGAGAGAAAGAAGGGGUGGUGAGUGGGACAAGGUUUAUUGAUGUUGUGGUCUCCGAAGAAGAGCGUGAAAAUUGA